CAUUGGAACGAGAUGUCCUGAAGUAGAAUUAAAUUUGCAAAGAUCCAGGUAGUACUUGCUAGCAGCGGCGAGUAUCCAGUAUCAGCUUGUUUGCGUAUAUUGUGUGCACAAUGGAAAGGAGACGCAAAGCCAUUGGAGUGCUUACGGGUUUUAGAGCUUGCUGGCUCAUGGCAGUAUGUAUCUGGUUGGAGAAUCAAGGUGUGAAAGGUCAACCUGUCAGUCUAAUUGCUGUUGGUACAGGACAAACAACAACAGCAUUCACAGUGACAUUUGGUGAUGGACAACCUACAGCCAAUGUUACCAUUUACUUACCUGUAUGUAUUGUGGCCAGUGGAUCAGGACCAUUCAUUCGACUAGAGAAGACUGAUGGUAGUCUAGUGUUGGGUGAGACAGGUGCCUUCACUGUGUUUGGAAGAGCACCUGUAAACAACACAGUACAUCCUAUACUGGACACUUUAUACACUGGACUGUACCAUUGCAGAACAGUGGAUCACAACUCAACACAAACAUAUCAACUCAACAUUGUAGCUCAACAGGUUCAGUCAGGACCAUCCCCUACACCACUGACAUUGACCAACACGGGUGAUACUCACACCAUACCAUGCGUGUCAAGUGGAAACUUUCCUCUCAACUCAUCUUGGAACUCAACAUUAACUCUGGACACACAGAUGAUACAGGCGGUGACACAUACGAAUAUGGUGAACUCAACUUUCAGCUUCCAGCAGAAUGAUGCUCAGAUUGUGUAUACAGAAAGUGAUACAUCAGGUGUUACCUUCACUGUAACCUGUACAACAUUGUAUACUACAAACUUUGAUUGUGAUGCAAAUGAUUCUACUCCUGCACGUCCACAAAGUGUAAUUGACAGAUGUGUAAAUGCUUCCAAGCCAAUACCUACCACUGCCUCUGUCACUAUCCGAGCGCUAUGUCCAGAUCUGAAUAACAGUAACUUCAACUACAAACCUAUUGCCAGAUUCGACACACAACCAGGUACUCCAGUAUCCAUUGAGUGCAGAACAGGUUUUCUGUCCAACAAUAGUAUGGAAAUAACCCAGUCUACAUGCCAGGGCAAUGGAAGAUGGCAACCAAGUCCACCAAUGUGUGAGAGUUGCAUGUUGCUAUGCAAUGACACUAAUGUGGUGGAUUGUAAUCAUCUACCGGCAGUGGGAGUGGCAAUGGCAACUGUCAACUGUACUUGUAGACAAAACUUCCAAUGGACCAUGGGUGAAUGUCAACCAACACAUUGUCCAGAGUUAAGCUCGACAACAGCGACGACUUUACCCAGGAGCACUAUUGGCACAAGCAUCACUGCAUCAUGUAUGUCUGGUUAUGGCAAUAUCUCAAUGCCAAGUACAGUGAUUUGCCAAGCUGAUGGAACAUUGACUACACUACCAACUUGCCAAGCUCGCCGAACAACUGACGUAUACAACCCGACUGCCAUCGCACUUCCAACAACUGGGAAAUACAGCACGACUUCCGGAAAUCCUAACAACACAGACCAAUUUUCAAAUGGUGAUGGAGGCAUAGGAACAGGCGUUAUAAUACUGAUUGGCGGGAUUGGUGGCUUGUUAGUGGCUGCACUGAUAGUAGCUGUGUUAGUUUUGAUAAUACGUCCCGAAAAGCCAAGUCAACCAGCAGAGACCAUGCCCAAUCUUACGGAAAAUGCAGCAUAUGGAGACGCCGGCUUUGCAGAAAGUGUCCUCACCAAAAGUGAUGCUUAUGGAGUAGUUCAACCAGCCGAGGAUCCACAUUACUCGUAUGUGGAUGUUCACCAAUAGUUGUUCAAUCCCUGCAUUUCUUGUGGAUACAUCCGUGGUCAAUAGUAUUGCCUUCUCGAUACAUACGUAUGUACACUGUAUAUCAUGUGCACAUUCACAUAUCUGAAGGUUUGUGGUUUUUCAAUAAUAAAUAAAAAAAUAAAAAAAUAUAAUAGUUAACUGUGUGGUUUGUAUCCUCAUAAUAAUCCAUUUUCAAAAAUAUGCAGGUUCAGCCGUUUGACACUAGUCGUCAGAAAGCCCCACUGUGACCAUGGCUAAGAGUAUCGGCCACAUUCCUUGUUUCAGAACAUGUCGUGUCCAAUAGUAUUAUUACUAACCUGUUAUUUUGUCUAGAGUAUUUGUUCCGAAUCAGGAAUGUGCAUGAUUUCAGUGAGAAAAUGCUGAAGUCUGCACUGUAUGUAUUAGCUGUCCAGAAAUGCCUUUUUGUUCUUUAAUGUUUGCUUAUACGCAUGCUAUUGGAGCGUGUCUGAUUGCAGUGUGAGUAUACCGCUCUUGAAGUGCACAAUAUAAUCACGACCAUUGCCGACCCGAGCAGAAUGUGAUGUUGCAAUUUCAAGCCCAAUUCGCGUAGGACGGAGCAACAACU